AUUACUGCCUGUACUUUCUGCCAAGCCAGGGCUCCCUGCGCUACGCGAUCACCCCGCUGUAUACACUGACUGUGGCCUGCUCUGAUGACGUGGAGUCCACGACAGUGGACUCGUUGACGGUCACCGUGGUACCCAACACGCCACCUCUCUUCCAGCCUUCCAGUCCGCUUUCAAUCAACCGGAAUUUUGACGGAUCCUCCACGUCGCCAUACACAACUAUAACUGAUGUCCAGACAACGGACGUGGACCGUGACCCCAUUUUCUACUCAAUGUCCACUUCACCCAACACUGACUUCCUGGAGAUAGGUUACGCGAAUGGGGUGAUCCAGUCAACGACUGACCUCAAGUUCCUGUGUGAACCUUCAAUAGAAGCCACUGUGACAGCCACGGAUACCUACAACCCAGCCAUAGGACCGCUGACGAUCGACUACACUAUUGACAACGCUAACGAAGCGCCGAGUGUGACAAACCUGGACGUGACCAUCGAAGUGGACGAGAACUCCGCGGUUGGGACAGUGGUGCACACGCUCGAUGUUGUUGACGAUGGAAUCGGAACCAUUAUCAAAUAUAUGACGUCAACAUCAGAUGCUGGUCUGGAGAUGUUUGAGCUAGACGGUGACGAGGUGAAGCUCCGCAUUGAGCCUGACUAUGAGCGUUCCGACACCCGCAGCGUUCGUCUUUAUUUCGACCUCACUGACGGCUACUGUAACUCGGAGACCUACUCGCUCAAUGUCAACAUCAAAGACAUCAAUGAGCCGCCUGUAUUCCGACAGCCAAGAAGAGAGAUCAAGGUCUACGAGGGAAAUGUUGAGGACAGAAAUUUCUUCAUGGAUGCCAUAGUGACGGACAAAGGGGGAGAAACGGCUGAGGUGGUCUAUUUCAUCACUGUCUGCGACGCCAACGACAACCCACCCUUCUUUCUGCAAAACUCUUACGUCUUUGGAGCCACGGAAUGCACAGACCCAGGAUCUGUUUUAGGCCAAGUACAGGGGGAUGAUGAUGAUUCAGCUUUCCAGAACAAUGAUGCAAUCUACUUCGGAGGUGGUGGUGGCAAAAUGGCAGUGACCUCUGACGGCCAAGUGAUUCUCACUCAACCUUGUGUCGAUGGAGAAGUCUCCUCUGGCGUGGCUACCAUUCACGACCUGGGCAUCUACCCCGGUCCCCUCUCUGGCACGUCCGCCACUAUUUCUGUUGUAUGCGGGCCCUGCCCACCCCCUCCACCCCCAGUGACAGCUGCACCAACAGCCGCCCCGCCGGCCGCCACAGUACCUCCUACCACAGGGGGCGGCGGCACUGGCUCUGGAGGUAGUGGGGGCGGCGGUCUGAGCUCUCUCCUUGGCUGGAUGAUCCCGGCCAUCAUUGGCGGCCUGGUGUGGCUGGGCCUGACUGCUUACUUCAUUAGCAGAUACUGCCGCCGGUGCAAGAAUCCGUGUGCAGGGAAAUGUAGGAGAAGGCCGAAACUUCCUAAGAUCAAGCCAUUGAAACCGCCCAAGCCCCCCGUGGUGAAGCCACCCCCUCCACCUCCGGCAGGCCCCAAGCUACCACCGCCACCACCUCCUCCUCCACCCCCACCCAAGAAGGAAUUACCUCCACCACCACCACCGCCGCCCCCAGAGCCAGAGCCAGAUCCCUACCUGUUUGGCUUCUGGAAGGAACGCUUCACUGAUCAAGACAUCAAGACCAACAAACCUGGGCGAGACGAUAAGCCAGUGCCUAUUGAGAACAUGCCCUCAGACAUAGUCUGGGGCAAUGAGAAACCCCCUGAAAACCUCAAGCUGAGCAACCCUGGCCCAUCUGGCGAUAACCUAAGACCCAUUGCAGAUGGUGCUCCUAAUCCUAAUCCUACGGGCGGACCGGGUCCUGAAGCAGCAGCUAAAGCACCCAAGAAAAAGUGCACCAUUUUGUAG